AUGUCUGCUCCACAAGGUGGUGUUCAGACGGCCCGUACUGCUGGUCCAAACCAGUCAGGGUACGAUCCCAAACGUGGACGCAAAAAGCCUCCCAGCAAUGGCCAGUCCAGGAAGCCAGGCCGGCCUAGCAACCAGAAUGUGUACAUUAGACCCAAAAGCUCCAGGAAUGACGGAGGCAAAACCACGUAUAGACGGCCACGUGAUGGUCAGAGGGCCGCUUCAGGACCUUCUAGCUCCCAUGGUCCGCCAGAUCAGGUGAAGUCCGAACAGAGCCUGAUUUUCAGCCAAGGCCAGAACCAAAACCCAGGUCUACUGCGACGCCUACGAGGCCAUAAGCCGCAUGUAUACGUGAAGCCUACGCCGAAUAACGAAAAAUCUGAUAAUGGCGAGCUAGGCUCUUUGUUUGACGAUCCAUCAAGCUACGGGUUUCUGGCUCAGUCUAAGAGUAGAGCCAAACGGCCCGUGCCCAGAUUCAUGCUUUCCCAACCCAGAAUGUUGAUUACGCCCGAGUUUAAGCCCAAUGAGUGGGACAAACAAAACCAGGAGAAAAUGCUCGAAAUGGAGGCGUCCAACGCUGGAAGAGACUACCAAGGCAUAUAUGAGGACUUCCAAAAAAUGCGAGACGCAGAGCGGAAGAAGAUGGAAGAAUUGGGACUAGUGGACGCUGAAAACACCACAAAAGACUUGAACGAGGCCAUUGUGUUUCAGGGAACCUGCCUCGACAUGUGUCCUGUCUUCGAAAGGGUCCGUCGAGCACUAGAGAACAACGUGAAGUCGCUUGAAAAAGAUCCAGUUACAAACAAGAUCUCUCGAGAGAGGGCCGUCAAAGCAUUUUCACGUCCCGCUGCGGGCCAACCACCUCUGAUGCCUUCAGACGUGAGACCACCACAUGUUCUUCAAAAAACACUAGACUACAUUACAGAGAACGUCCUAGAGCAACUUCCCGAAGCACACUCAUUUAUUUGGGAUAGAACUAGAUCUAUAAGACAGGACUUCAUUUAUCAAAACUUUUAUGGCCCCGAGGCCAUUGAUUGCAAUGAGCGAAUCGUCCGUAUUCACUUGCUUUCCUUACACAUCAUGGCAGGUAGCGACGUGGAGUAUUCACAGCAACAAGAGCUUGAACAACUCAACAAAGCUCUUCAAACUCUUACUGAGAUUUAUCAGGACGUCAGAAAUCAUGGCGGUCUUUGCCCCAACGAGGCAGAAUUUAGAGCAUAUCAGUUAAUCAGCCACUUUAGAGAUCCUGAGUUGGAAAGAGAGGUCCAGACGCUACCGGACGAAAUCCUUAAGUCAAAGCAAGUUCAACUAGCCCUCCGACUUCGAACACUAAUGUCACAAAAUAAUGUCAUUGAAAGAGGGUACUCUAAUUCAGUCGGAGCUCUCAACUUCUUCGUCGAGUUCUUCCGUCUAGUCCACCAUCCCGAAACGCCCUUCCUCCUUGCAUGCUUACUUGAGACUCACUUCAACGAGUACCGGUUCUACGCUCUCAAAUCCAUGACCAGAGCUUAUCACACAAAAGGCCGUGCAUUCUUGGCCACCUCGCUUCAAGAAAUGCUUGGCUUCGACUCGAUUGCAGAACUAGUAUCUUUCGUGGAGUAUUACGAGGUCGACACGUUUUAUGAAGAAGAUAAUCUUCUAGUCGACUUGUUCAACAAGGAGAAAUUAGAAACGAAGUAUAAACUCAAUUGCUACAACGACAAGCCAAAACUUGCUCAAGCUUAUUCCGAACAACUAAAUGUCAAAUCAAAGGGUCUCAGAUACAAGGAUUUUGUCAACUCUGGUCUCUCCAAUGCUGAUUUGCAGCUCAAGAGAACUACACAACCCAUCAUCGCCCUGGUUCCCAAAAAGCCCAUCAAAGCAUCUCAAGCAUCCAAGGCAGCCGAUUCGAUGACAUCAGUAUUUGGUACAUUUGGCCUGGAGCCCGCCAAAGACUUAUCUCAGACAUCAGCCAAUAACCAGACCCCUUCACUGUUUACUUUUGGACUGGCACCAUCAUCUUCUCAAUUUGGGCAGCCUGCGCAGCCAUCCAAGGGCUUUGGCGGUUUUGGCCUGAGCUCAGGCUUUGGAUCUGGUUUCAGUCUGACACCGCAAAGUACGCUGAAUGUUGGCUCCUUGAACCUCGAGGACUUUUUGAAAUCACAAAAUGGAUCGGCUCCGAAGACUGACACUAAACAACAACCCACUAGUGCUUUUGGACAAGCCCCAGCUAAAGUGGAUACCCCAGCCGAAGCUCCCAAAGCAUCUAUUACACCCAAGGAGCCACUUAUCAAAUCUGAAGAGCCCGUUGCAACAGAUAAGGCUGCACCCAAAGUCACAUUUGGCGCUGCUGUCAGCUAUCCUUUUGACUCAACAGCGCAACCAAAUAAAGACUUGGGGUUCCAGCCAAAGGUUGUUGAUUUGAAGGAGGAGAAAGCGCCAGCUUUGAGCUCUACGCCAUCGCUCCCGGCUUUAACGAAACCAUCACCCUCUACAGAGCCAGCACCACCAAAGUUUGAGCCCAAACCGGCCCCUGCGUUGCCGGUGGUCUCUACACCAUCGAAGAUUACGGAUCUGAAGAACUAUCCCAAGGCAGUACAGGCCACAUUCGAUGACAUCCUUGCCCAUGUCGUCGACGAAGAACUCCACAAGAUGCUUCCCCGAAUCAUAAAGUACGAAAAUAGAGCCACUGAGAGGCAAAAGUUGAUUGGAGGCCUCGCGGACGAAUUAUACAAGGCAUUUUUGGACGAGGUUACAUAUGAGUCAGCUUUGAGAGCCCAAGCUGAUAAUUUCCUGAAGAAACUAGCCGUUAAGAAAACCCUUCAAGCUUUGCGUUCAAGCUAUGAGAAAAAGAAGGCCAGCAAUAGUCAAAGAAAACAAAAGCUUCAGGAGCUUCAAUCGAUUUCCUUCAAAAGGCCAUUGCUUAAGAGAGUCUCACUGUCGAGCUCGAUGGAUGGACUGUUUAGAAAGAGAGUACAUCAUUCUCCAAGAAACGAGAGCUUUCAACACAUGAGUGAGAAGCAACUGGCUAUCGAGGAUCUUUGGAAACCGAUCAAUCUUGACAAAUUCGUCGAUACAUGUGCUUCUAACAUCAAAGCACCCAAUACCAUAGACAUCAAAUGCUUGAUGAUUGUCGAGGAUUGGGCUUUGGCAUACUCAAAAUGGUUAAACACGAAAUUCAACUUGCUGGUCUCCGAAGACGGCCAGUUCUACAGGAACACCGUGACCAACAGCAAAAUAAAGCUCGAGAUCGAGAGUUUGCCCAGCGGUAAUGUCCUCAAAGAGAGUUCAUUUAACCAUAGUGCCUUCUUGGUUUUUGAAUGUGGCCUUGCUGACCAGAAACAGGCAGAACGGUACGGGAGCUUGCAGGCCAAGCUCGAGCGAGACGGAAACAUUCUUCACAAACUCUUCCAAAUAUGCAACCGUUAUUGCCUUUACAAGGUGCAAGUUCUUUUAGUACUUUGGGACACACAAGGUGUGAGAUUGGGACCUCAAGAGGUCAAACAGCUAAUGCGUCUCGAGGAGAUUCCUAAAGACAUUGUGCAAGAUUUGGUUCUCUGCGACAUGUCGUCUAGCGAGGAAAGUGUUUCGGAGACUCUUAACAAGAGAAUGGUAAGGAUGAGCGAGCGUUUCAAGGGUAAGCUUACUGCUCGUGGAAUCAAGAAGAAGGCCAAGCUAGAGGCCGAAAUGGAAAGGAGGAAACGGAAGGAGGAAGAAGAGUCCAGAAGGAUGAGGACCACUGAGGAAGCCGAGACCACUUUAAGAGCCAAGGAAGCAGAGGCACUUAAACGGUCAGAACAAAGCCGACAGAUGGGCUAUCUCAACAAACACAUCAAUAAUCUGAUGGACUUGAGCAAUGCAUCGUUCCGUACUGCCGCCAACACGACCCGUGGGUUCAACACAACUUUUGGGAACAACACCAUGCUCAAUCUUAACAAUUCCUUCUUGAAUCAUGACACCACCAAGGAUAUGUCCGUGCUCGGUUCGUUUGGCCCCAAUGUGAGCGUUUUGGAGGAGAGCACACCGUUCGGAUCUCCCGGAGGCAGAAAUUCCCGUGGUCCGAAAAAGGUUGAUGAGCUUCGGGAACUCACAGCAAAAAGCCGGGAAAUGGACUAUUUCAAAGACGCUGCAAAGAACUUCUCUUUGUACGAUGCCAAGGCGUACGUCCGUAAAGCUCAGAAUGUCGCCAUGAACCUUUCAGAAAUGGAGGCCAAGGUCCGUGAGGCUACCAACAACGAGCCUUGGGGUGCCUCAACCACAUUGAUGGCCCAGAUCGCCGCCGGCACUUACAAUUACAGGGAAAGAGAAGAGAUUCUCAGCUUUGUCUUUAGAAGAUUCACUGAAAAGGCUGCCAACGAAUGGAGGCAAAUCUACAAGUCUUUACAAUUGUUGGACUACCUUGUGAAGAACGGAUCUGAGCGGAUUGUCGACGACGUGCGGGCCAACUUGUCGUUGAUCCAGAUGUUGAAGUCGUUCCACUACAUUGACUCCAAGGGUCGUGACCAGGGCAUCAAUGUGCGUAACCGUUCCAAGAACCUUGUUACUUUCUUGAACGACGACGCUUUGAUUCGUUCCGAGCGUAAAAAGGCAAGAGCCAAUCAGAAGAAGUUUGGCGGUGUGUCCUCUGCUGCUUUUGGCGGUGCUUCUUCCAUCACUACAGGCUACGGCCAGGAAGACAGUGACUUCACUUCCAGAGUGUACGGUGACGGUGGCGUUUUUGGUGCUCGUUACGAUGAUCCGGCCGACGAAUAUAGAAACGGCAGCUCAGGAAACGACAACUACGAGGAAUACGACGUGGAGGCCACUUCUUCCAACCCUGGCCGCUCCAAGAGCACCACCAGCUCUUCGAAGGUGAAUGCCACUGCCAAGAAAGCCGCUCCCGAGCCUGAUCUUUUGGGCGACUUGGUAAACUUUGACGAUGACGCUGGCACCAGCGCUCAGGCUUCCAGCACGGCUGCUCCUGCUGCUGCCGCUGACGACGACGAUGAUGAUGAUUUCGACGACUUCCAGGCUGCUCCAUCUCUGAACAACACCGGCAGUCUCCUGAACAACUUGGCCAGUCUCUACGUUUCACAACCAGCUGCUGGCCUGAGGCAGCCUUCACAAACGUAUCAGCAGCCAACCUACACGCCUGCCAGCAGCAAUUCUUUCGGCGGUGCUGUUCUGACGGGCCCCGCCAAGCCUGCUGCCAACAACGAUGCUUUCUCGUCGCUCUUCUCCAGCGCUAAGACUAAAACCACACACAAGCCUGCUGCCAAGGUGAGCCAACCGAAGGAGCAGGACGAUGACUUUUUUGGUUCUCUGAGCAGCCAGCCAGCGCAGCCCAGCCAACCCAGCAAGCCCGCCAGUAACGGAAACAACAAUGGCGAGAUUGAUUUGUUGAGCUUUUAA